GACAUAUUUAGUAAAACAAAGAGUAAACUAGUUUUCUAUCCUAAACAGCAAAGAUCGGAGGAACAACACUCAGCGCCGUCGCUCUGACGAUCGUACCAGAAACAUCUUUAAUAUCACGGUUUUCAUAAAUGUUCACAUAAGCUAUAUCUAAUUCUCAUGGCAUCUAUUGUCGGAUCUGUCUUUAAAAGUGGACCCUAUGCUAAUGUGGAGGCUAAGCUGAGGCGUUUCUUGGUUGAAUUAGGGAAUGCGGAUAAAAUACUUGGAAUCCAGGUUUGUGCAUACAAAGAUGGGAAAGUGAUCAUUGAUACUGCAGCUGGAGUCAUGGGAAAUGAUGACCCUCGUCCAGUUCAACCCGAUUCCUUGUUUCCCGUUUUCUCUACAACUAAGGGCGUCACAGCAGGAAUGAUACACUGGCUGGUCGAUAAAGGGAAACUGAAGCUUGACGAAAAUGUUGCGAACAUUUGGCCUGAGUUUGGUACUAAUGGAAAAGAUCAGAUAAAGGUUAAUCAUAUACUUAAUCAUACAUCUGGUUUGCACAAUGCUCUUGCUGGCAUUUCUGAAAAUGAUCCUGGGUUAUUUUGUGAUUGGGAUGAGUGUGUAAAACGUAUUGCAAUGGUGGCACCAGAGACUGAACCUGGUUGUGAACAAUUAUAUCAUUACUUUUCGUAUGGUUGGCUAUGUGGUGGGAUCAUUGAGCGUGUAACUGGGAAAAAGUUUCAGGAUGUUCUUGAGGAAGCUUUUGUACGCCCCCUUAAUGUGGAGGGAGAGCUUUAUAUAGGGAUUCCUCAUGGUGUGGAAUCUCGUCUGGCAACUCUUACAUACGAUACAACUGAAUUCAAUACGUUUGCCUCUCUAGCGGCAAACACCGAGUUCAGGACUGCAUCCGCCACGCCUUCCUCACUCACCGCGGAAUUGCUUGAAGAUCUUAUUCCCUUAUCCAACACCCUUGAUGUCCGCCGUGCCAUACUACCUGCCGCCAACGGCCACUUCUCGGCCCGUGCAUUGGCCCGCUACUAUGCCGCCCUCAUGGACGGCGGCAUCACCCCUCCCCGCCACUCCUCAUCCUCUCUCCCACCACUCGGAAGCCACCCUCACCACCCCACAUCCCCAUCCAAUAACCAAAAAGACGAAACCAACGACGCAAGUGAUGAAAUCAAUACUAAAAUCUUUAGCACACCAAAAUCAAAACUUCAUGAUGCGUUCUUGGGUAGCGGAGAUUAUAAGGAUUUAAUCUUGCCAAAUGACAAAUUUGGGCUUGGGUUUGGGAGGGUUAAGACAACCGAUGGUUUGGUGAUUGGAUUCGGUCAUGCAGGCUUAGGUGGUUCGACGGGAUAUUGUGACAUAAACAACGGGUUUUCUAUUGCUGUGACUGUAAACAAGAUGUCUUUCAUGGAUUUACCCACCUCUCAGAUUAUCCGGUUUGUUUGUUCGGAACUUGGUCUUCCUGUACCUGAGGAUCAUGCGGGAUCUUUUGAAGUCAUCGAGAAAUCGGUGAUCAAUUAAGGGGGUUUGAUCAAAAUAUGCUCUACUUACAUAAACAAUAUUUGAGGGAAACUUUAUUGUACUUGUUUUCUAUAUAUAGCACAUUUGAGUUGAAACAGUUGAA